GUAGGCAGUCAGCUAAGGGGGAGGCAGUUGAUUUACAGUAACCUAUACCAGGCACUCUGGCCUCAGUAAGUCGACAGGGUCUAUGGGUUGUGAUAGCUGAGUAUAUAUGCAUAUAUAACAAUAAGGCAGGCUGCCUUCUGAUGCUUCUUUACUUCUUCUGGUUGGAUCCCUGGAGCACAGAAGAAGUUUGGAUUUGAUAUAUUCCUGCAUCAAAGGAUCCCCUGCAUGACUUUACCUGGCAGGGCUUCUGGUGAGGUAUCCCUUACAUUUGGCAAUCAGGGACCCUGGAUGUUAGAUGGAUGUAGGAAGCACUUCACAGAGGAGGUGAGUGGUUUUUGGAACGUGACAGAUGAUCCCACCUGUGUGCUGGAGUUAUCUUGUCAAGAAGACUUCUUACUCGGACCUCUGCUACCAGCAUAGACUUUGGUUGUAGGCAACAUGCUACCUGCAUCCCACCCAGGGACUCUAUCUGCUGACUUGGCCACAUCCCUUGUAAGGUACUCUGUCUAUCUUACAAUGCACAAAUAGUCCUCUUAUCAUCCUGUUUCACUAAUUGUCCUGUCCACUUAUCUUCUGGAAAUCCUUGUGGAUUGUGUUGGUAUCAGAGGGAAGAAGAAGAGACCUGAAAGACACUCCACUCCACACUGAAGAAGCUAGGGGGAAAAUCAUUACAAGGUUACUAUGCAAUUGCGACUGCUUUCUCUGUGUUUGAUCAUUGUGAACUUCUUGGAAUACAUUGAAAGUCAACAGAUCCCUAGAGGGAGGCGACAUCGAAGAAUGCAUCCCAAUGUCAGCCAGAAUUGCCAAGGUGGAUGUGCCACAUGUUCUGAUUAUAAUGGCUGCAUGACAUGCAAGCCAAGAAUGUUUUUUGCUCUAGUAAGGAAUGGUAUGAAGCAAGUUGGAGUUUGUCUUCCUUCAUGUCCAACUGGCUACUAUGGGAUACGUUCUCCAGGAAUUAGUGAGUGUAAAAGAUGUAAAGCUGACUGUGAAACAUGCUUCCACAAAAGCUUCUGCACAAAAUGUAAAGGUGGAUUUUAUUUGCACAGUGGGAAGUGCCUUGACACAUGCCCAGAUGGGUUUGAAAACAAUAACCACAGUAUGGAAUGCAAUACUAUUGUUCAUUGUGCAGUCAGUGAAUGGAGUCUUUGGGGCCCAUGUACAAAGAGGGGGAAGACUUGUGGCUUCAAACGGGGCAAUGAAACCAGAACUCGUGAGAUUCUACAUCACCCAUCUCCACGUGGUAUCCCUUGCCCACAAACAUCUGAGACAAGAAAAUGCAUAGUGCAAAAACAGAAAUGCUCAGAAAGGGUGAAAGGCAAAGACGAAACAAAAAAGAAUAAACAGAGAAAAAAGGGAGAUGUGCCAAAAAAACAAAGGCAGAAAAAGCAGGAAAAGGCUCAGCGAGGAGAAGGAAAGCAAAGAGAAAUCAGAGCUUAGGAUAUGGAACGUGCAGAAGAUGCAGCCAAAGUCUUUCUCAAGCUCUUAUAGGACACGAAAGGCCUUGCUCCAUUGUGACUGACCUCUGGUGCUGCUAUAUUGAUCACAUCUCCAGGCGUCAAAGACUCUAGAUGGAUUGGAUAGUUCUCAUGCAGCCAAGGCCCAAGCAACAUUCCAAGCCUCUUGUGUCUUUUCUGUGGAAAUACAGACAAAGAUGGAAUGUAAAGGCAGAUAACAGAUUUGCCGGAAAUGCACAGUGGACGCUUCCGAAUUGUAUGCUUGUGUGCAUCUAUAAAAGAUAAUUAAGACUCUAUUCUAUAUAAUUGUCAAUAGCAACAUUUUCCCUAUUUUGUAAAGUAUUUUUCACUGAUUUUUUUCAGAAUUAUAGGCUAAUUAUAUGCUGAAGUCUACAGCAUUGUUUUCUGUAACACAUUUCUGUGGUUAAGUCAUAAACAAUUACCAGUGGUACGCAUGGCACGCCAUAGCCAGUAAAAUGAUGGCUACCUCACUCCUUCCGCCUGUAGAAUUGAAACGUCUCCAAAUACUCAAUUCAGCUUAGCUCCGAAAAAGCAUGAACUGAGUUUUAUAUGUGUCGAUUGGUUUCACUGCCUUACAUAAACUAACCGGAGAAGAAUGUUACUCAUAUGGCUAACUAUAGGAACAUACUGCAAAACUAAUCUCAAAGCAAAGCUGCUCUGUAUUUGUAAAAUGGUUAGACAUUAUUUUAAUUUAUUAGCAUUCACAUAUUUGACUGCUGACAUAAUCCUAUUCCCAGUAAAUGUGUGUAUUGUAUGUGGUUGUUUGCUAAGCCCCAGUCAAUGAAGUCAUCCAGUGGUCAAUGCGGUCAGAUGAUAGACCCAGAAAGAGCGACCAUGUUAGUGGGAUACCCAAUUUUCAAUACUUGCCACCAAAAUAAUAGUCUAAUAACAUGACAUAAUACAUUCAGUCCAUGAUGGAAGAGGCAUUGAGGGUGGAAAAGGUAAAAAGAUGCUAGUACUCAAUGGUCAAUAUGUCUAGGUGUGUUAUCUAGAUUUACUACAUGGCUAUAUGUAAACAAGAACAGACUUUAUUUUUUUAUUACAUGGACAUUAAAAAUGUUCAAAAAUAAUACUUGACCUUGUCUACUACCCUUUCCAAGGUGAACAACUCAAAAUACAGUGCGUUGGAGCAGUUGGCAGUUGUAAAAAGUCUGUAGUGGGGUUUUCUGUGCAAGAAAUUCUUGAAGGGAAUAUUAUUGCGCUUUGCUAGAAAUGCUGUUUAAUGUAUUGAACAUCAGAAUGGUUUCCAGAUGGAUGUGGUGUCCCAGACAUAAUUGCUUUUUGUGCAGGGCAGCAUGUUCUUUCCUUUGCUUUUAUUUUACUGCUAUAUCUAUCAUGCAUCUGUCUGCAUGUUAAAAGAAAAUCUACUUUACUGACCAAGAUCUUUAAUCCUUUAGCGGCUGGGAGGGUCCUUGAAACACCGAUGUUCCAGUUGCAGACCCUUCCAGCAGCAGAGAAGUUUGGUUGUAAGGGGCAGAAGCAUUGAGGAAUACAGACAGAAGCAAUAUGUCAUGGAAGCAUUGUACAUUUUACCAGUUAUGUUAUCUUCUGGAAAAGUGAAUUAUUAUUUUGUAAUCUGCUUAUCGAUCAGCAUGGAGGAUAAAGGGGCACAACUUUAAUAACGUUGUGUGUAUCUGU